CUCUGUCUGGGGGGCUUCGGUGAGCGACAUGCAGCCCAUCAGCCUGCAGAACCUCUCCAUAUGUUUCCAGCUCCUGAUGUUUUCCUGUCAGACCCAGGGGGAGAAUCAACCGUCUCCUAAUUUUAACCAGUACGUGAGGGACCAGGGCGCCGUGAGCGACCAGCUGAGCCGGAGGCAGGUCAGGGAGUACCAGCUCUACAGCCGGACCAGCGGCAAGCACGUCCAGGUGCACGGCAAGAGGAUCACCGCCACGGCGGAGGACGGCAACAAAUUCGCGAAGCUCGUCGUGGAGACGGACACCUUCGGCAGCCGCGUGCGCAUCAAAGGGGCUGAGAGCGAGAAGUACAUCUGCAUGAGCAAGCGGGGCAAGCUCGUCGGGAAGCCCCACGGCAAGAGCAAGGACUGCGUCUUCACGGAGAUCGUGCUGGAGAACAACUACACGGCUUUCCGGAACGCCCGCUCCGAGGGCUGGUACCUGGCCUUCACGCGCCGCGGCCGCCCCCGCGCCGCCUCCCGCGGCCGCCAGCACCGGCGCGAGGCCCACUUCAUCAAGCGCCCGUACCGCGGCCCCCCGCCCUUCCCCAACGCCCAGCGCCAGCCCCGCUUCGAGGUCGUGGGCGCCUCGUCCCCCCCGCGCCGCGCCCGGCGCACCCGCGCCCCGCGCCCGCUCACCUAACGCCCGGCCCGGCCCCCCACGUCCCUUCUCCUUGCACCCCCAGCGCUGUUUUUUUCCCCCAUCUCUUUUUUUCCUAAAGGAAGAUGCUCUAUUUUUGUACUCUGAGGCCGCCCGGGGCUGCAAUCCCUGUCCAUCCUGCUGCUCCCAGGCUCGGCUCCCGGCACGCAGCCGCAGGGAUGGACAGCAGUGAGCUGCCAGGCAAAGCCCUGCAGGAGGGUGCGGAGGAGCCGUGCAGCGGCCGGGCACCCAGGGACCCUCCAUCCCUGCAGCACGUCCAUCCGUCCGUCCAUCCUGCCUCUCCCGCGCGCCCACUGCGCGCUUUGCACCCGGGCUCGCCGGGGGCUGCACGGAGAAGCAGGGCCAGCACUUGCCCCCGCGGCCGCCCCGGGUGCCCACGUUAUUUAUUGGCCGGGAAGCGCCGGGCAGCCGCUGCGCUGCACCGGGAGGGACCGACCACCUCCCCGGGCCGCUCGCUCGGCGCGGUUACCAACCCUGCCGUUUCCACACCGGGUCUGUUUUAGGCCUAAACGUUUAGAUUGGGAGUUUAUUUGUAUAAAGAAAAAACAAGGGGGGAACCCCGAUGGUGAAUAAAAGCGAGU